AUAAAUAUAUAUAUAAGUAUAUAUAACUGUUCCAGUAGAAGUUAACAGAGGAGAGGAGCUUAACCAAGCUAAGAUGUCCAUGGAUAACAGAAAGAAGCCAGCAAGUUCCUCCAACUCUGGGAACUUGGUUUACUGGUCCUCCUCAUUUCCACGGCAACCAGCCAGAGUCCUGAUCGUGGAGGCACUGCCACCCUGGUGGUCAGAGACCUGUACGGUGCUUUGUGAUGCUCUGGAUAACUUCUUGUCCCUGGCCUGCAGUCUGGAUGGACCCUGUAGGAUACCGCUACUCAGCAUAUAUGCCAUCAGCAGGCAGCAGGAAUGUCUACUGCCAUUUGUGCAGGUUCGUGGUAACCUGGCCAGGCUGCAUUCCUGUGUUGAGGAGCUGAGGUCUAUUCCAGGUGAAGGUUGUAUCAGAGGAGCGACCAGAGGAGGCGAGUUGCUGCGACAGGCAGUGCUGGACAGUCUGCAGCAGUUUAAACAGUACAUCAGACACACCAGUACUGGCAACCAGGCAGGCAACAACACAGCUGUUGAGGUUACUGUGGUGACCAGCCAGCCAGGGCGGGCCAUUGUUCGCAAGUUGGAGACAGGGCUCAGAGAUGCUGACCUGGUGUCUCUGAAGCGGCUCUUGGUGGUUCAGCUCUAUUGUGCAGCAGACUGGGGCCAGGACAACCCCUCACCUGAAUCCACGCAAGCUGAGACUGAGGACUGUCUAAUGCUGGGAACGGAGGUGGACCUGCAGCAGGUAGAAAACAGUGUUUUCACCAUAGAGAUGGUGUUGAAGGCGUGGCUUCAAGAGCAGGGAGGAGACAGAGAGCACCUCCACCUCCUGCUGCCCAGCCCCCUGGAUAAUCCCAUUCCAGUGUGUGUGAAGUGUGACAUGCAGGAGCGUCUGAUAAGCCCCGCCCUCAUCCCACUGAACCCUAACUUGGGUGUGAAGACUGAGAGCGUCCGGGACUUCCUGUCUGUCACUAAGGGAUCAGCCAAUCAGAGUCAACCGCCACGGAGACUGAAAGCAAUCAAAAUUCUGCAUGCAGAUGGAGUGUGUGAGAGUGUGUUGUACGGCCUGCCGCUGGUGAUCCGCCCCACCACCUGCUGGCAGCUGGACUGGGAUGAAAUGGAGACCAACCACAACUUGUUCCAUGCUCUCUGCCACACACUCAGGAGUCGUGACCUGUUCCUGCUGCUGCAGGUGGAGCCCGCACAGAGGUCUACAACUGGAGGUUCAGGUGUGUAUUCUCACUACGUCCUCCAGCCAUCCCAGUCUCUCUCCCUUCUUUUGAAGCCUGUGGUCUCCAGAGAGUUGCUGCUGCCCUGCUCACUGCCUGUCCCAACUCAGGAACCUGCACCAGAAACCAUGCAGACUAUACAGGGCUGUCUCACUCAGCUGGAUGAGGAGUUUGUGUUCAGCCCUCUUUCUCUGAGCAGUAACCUGUACCAGCACCUCAGGAGCAGAGGCCUGCUGUCACAGCCACGAUACCCAUACAGGUUGCAGCCAGCCGCUGCCCACAGAGACCAGUCACAGCCACUAGAGGGCCCUAAAACCACAGGCAGCAGACAGCCUCGGCAGAACCAGGGUCGCCAACUGGGAACGAACAGCAAGGUCAGGGCCACUGUGGCUCCCUUCCCCUCUUCCUCCUCCCACUCGUCCUCCUCUUCCUCCAUGGCACCUCCUCCUGCUAAGGCCUCUCGUCCGGCACUGACGCUCCUCAGCAGCAGCAGUGGUGGAGGUCGCCGGGCCCCGGCCCCUACGCGUCAGGACGGUGACAAUGAUGAUGUUUCCAUGGUAAUACAGUAAGAACGCAGGAGGGUGGGAUGAGAAAAGUGGGCCAAGGGAACAAUAGAGUGACAGGGAGGUGACAGAGAGAGAGAGAGAGGUGGUGCAGUGCAUCCUGAACAUUUAUCACACACACUUCUUUCAGUAUCCUGUCCUGUCAACUUCAAAAGUGCUUUACAGUGAGCUAUAAGAUAGCUUAUUCAGCACACACACAUAAACACACACAUUCUGUGUCCAUUGUAAGUUUGUGAGUAAUUAAGCAGCUCAUAAAGGCUUUGAAGACUUUGUAAAGGAGGGCAUACACAACACACACACUACUCUGUGCUGCACUCUGUGUGGUUACAGCUUCUUUUGAUACUUGAGUUCGUCUCUAUUUUUUCUCACCACACCAACCGUAUUAGCUGAAUUUAACAAGCCUCUGUGCAUGAGCGCGCGUGUGUGUGUGUGUGUGUGUGUGUGUGUUUGUGAGAAAGGAAAGUUUCAACUUGCUGCCAUCUGCACAUUGCUGAGGCAGCAAAACGUCCAAAUCACACACCGUGAACAAUGAAAAAGCACAAGGAAAGAUGAAAAGAAGGGAAACAGCAGGACAAUGGAGGCCUGGAAGAGUCGCAAAAUGGAGGGAAGGAAGAGAAAGUUAUAAGAAAUGACAAAAAGAGCAAAAGGUGGGCGGCGAGGGAGAUCAGAGGGUGAUUAAAGGGUGUAUAAAAAGCCUUGUCUGCAUGUCACAGCGCACCCACUAGCACACAUGAACGGUUGAAAGCCAGAAACCAGCUUUAAAAUUAUGAUUCAGGCAUAAUAAAGCAGACAUAUUGCGGCUAUAGUAGUACAGUGACUUAUAGACAAACACACAUAUGCACAUUCCAUUUCCAUUUUGCCCUUAAGCCCCAGUCUGAACACAGCUUCACUGUUUUAAUGAGACAGAGAAUAAAGCAGCAGACAGAGGGGCCUCUCUGCACUCCUUCACCCCCGCAGCUCCCUCUCUCUCCGGGGGUUGAAAGGCAGCGUGAGGGGGGUCUGUGGUGGAUGGAAGGAGCACAGAGACUGCAAUAAAACUGCAGUAAGCUCUCUAAAAUAUUGAAUGUGACACACUGAGAAGGUUUGCGAUGAAGAAAAAUCUUCCGCCGUGUGUUUGAGGGGUUGACUCGAGUCCAUGCAGUGACAUCACUGUUACAUUCACACACAUUUAAUUGAUGAUUCGUGCUCAUACGCACACAUUGGUCAGUCAGACACAUCCACCGUCACUAUUAUUAAUGUAUUCCUCAUCCACACACACACACACACACACACACACACACACACACACACCGCUUAAUCAGUCUCCCGCCAUUCCACCCCCUUGUUGAACCUUAUAACAUUAUAGCCACUGCCCCGGUGGCAAAUGUCUUCAUGACAUUGUGAUGUCACAGGACUUCCGCAUUCACAAAUUACAUCCACAACGAUCCUAUUGUCCCCGAAGAGAAUUUGACCGGACCUCCGAAACUACCCACUGACAUUUUACCCACUCUCCUCUCUCACUCUAUAGUGUCUGUUGAGUCCUCGCGCACUCAGGGAAGUUGAGUCAAUGUGUGUGAGUUUCAAAAAAUUUGUUCAAAUAGAACAACAGCAGCCUCUCUGUCCGCAGAAAGGUCAAAAGGCUGGAGCCAAAGUUCCCCUGUUUGACCCUGCAGCGUAUCAGUCACACUCCUCAUUAAAUGUCACAACUGUUAGAGAUUAAUGGGCUAUGAGCAACAAAAGUGUCCCUAUUUGUGUUUGUAAAUUCAUUCAGUGUUGAAUGUAACGGAAGGCUCUCGCUAGUCAGGAGAGGUGUCAAGACGUUUUUGACCCGUAGCAGUUCUUUGUUCGUUGUUGUUUUUAUUCCACCACACAAACAUCUUUAUCGCAUAGUGUUAACUUCCUCAUGUUCCUGUUCAGCUUUCAUGUUCUGUCUGUUGUUUCAAAAGGAAACUGACUCAUUCACUCUGUAAAUUGAUAUUUCAGCAGUUCAGUCAUUUCAGGAUCUUCGAUCUUGUCCAUGUAUAAAUAUAUUUAUAGACAUAUUUAUUGACUUUCUCUCAGAUUUGUAUUUUAACAAUGUCUAAUAACUGUGGGUUAAUAAAGUGUAGAUUUUGGUUGGAGAUUUAUUGUGGUAACUGUUCUGUAACUUCUGUAAAGUAGCUUGACAUAACUUUACUUUGAAAAGAGGUCAUCUAACCACCUUUAACACCCACUGGUUCGCCUGCGCAGUGCUUGCACUAUGUAGAACUUCCACCGACAGGCACAGUCCAACUACAAGCAAAUCAAAAUUGUUGGGAAACCUUAUCUCAUCUAUUUUUUAUUCUGCAGAUUGCGGAAAUUGUGUCAGCAGGUUGUUAAUCCCUGCUUGUUGCCUCUUUGCGUAACAGUUUCAUGAGUUAAAGGUCCAGUGUGUAACAUUUAGGAGGAUCUAUUGGCACAAAUGGGAUAUAAUAUUAAUAGGUAUGUUUUUCAAGAAAUCGUUGUCUACA